AUGAGUGUGGCCAACAAUCUUUGUGAAAUGGCACAUUGUGGAAGGUCUUUGAGGAUCAGAAAACUUUUGACAUCACAGCAGGGGACCUACAAGAGGGGUCAGUAAUUUUUAGUAAUAAUAAUAAUAAUAAUAAUAAUAAUAAUAAUAUUUAAAAAGACAAAUUUUGGGCAGCUUGGGGCCAUGAAAACAUACUUUUGGCAUUGCAGUGGAAUACUUAUAGAAGCAGUCAGUAAAACAAAACAUUAAAUAGUAAAUUUAAUUUUAAAAUAUUUUUAUUUGAUAGAAAUUUUUGGAUGGUUUUAGUGGAGGUGCAAAAACCUUUGGCAUCAUAGUAUCACAGCUGGAGAACCAUAGGAAGAAUGUUGUUUUUAAAAAACAAAACAAAACAAAAACCCAUGGUUUUUAAGACAAUUUUUGGAGGGUCUUGAGGACUACCAAAACCUCCCUUGGGAGCCAGCUGUGGCCUAGAAGGCUUUGAGCUAGACUGGGAGCAAAGUGUCUGAUCCAGCCCAUUGCAUUCACUCAAGCCACACCACUAACAUGCCAUUUUGGUUGUGAAGCUUACCCCAGCAGUGGCUUUUAAAUCCAAAUACAUUAGACUAACACAUUGUGAGCUCCAGGCCACUCGCUACUGGUUUUCUUGUGCAAGUGAACAUCAUGUGUUUGUAAGAAGUGAGUGAGGUGCAUGGUGAAGCAUUACUGACAGUACAGAUGUGCAGAUUCGUGUUGAUGUGGCCAAAGGGCUGAGACUGCUUUUUACUAGUCAAAAAUCAGGCAAUUGUGUGCAUUCUGCUGACUGCACACACACACACAGUAUCUUGAGAGCCCUGCACAUAUGUGAUACUUGGCUGCAUUUCAAAUGGUAUGUUAAAAAGGAUCAAACCUGAGUUUCAGCCUCUGCAGAGGCCAUGUUAAGACUGGUUACAAGCAUUUUAUUUGUUUGUUUGUUGGUCUUUUGGUUCUUUUGGCUUCUGCCAUUCCAGAACAGUUAGAGCAGGUGAUGUACACUCCGCUAUCUAGUCAGCCCCUAGAAGGCUUAAAUGUUUGGACAUAUUGAAUGCAGACGGGAAAUCAAAGACAGAUCAAUGCCUGGCAACACUACAAGGGAAAUAUAACUGGCUUCCCUUUGGGUUUUGUGAUGUCAAGACAAUAACAAAUGUGAAUGUCAAGUGGUGUUUAAUAUAUUUAUAUUUGCAGUAAGAUAAUAUAAAUAAUAUUUUUAGCUAUGAAACGAUGCCAACAUCUUUUCUGGAAUGUGUGUGGGAUCUUACUGGGGCAGGGGAGGGGAGACCCCGCAUACAAAUAUAUGCCAAUCUGCUAAAAUCCCCGGAGGGAAAACUAAGUAGCACCAUAGACAGAAGAGAACAAAAGCAACCUUAAAUGUGUAUUUCCUUAAAAAGUUAGCUCUCCCCCACCCCUUUGUAUGAGAAUAUGUGUGGACAAAUUGGGUUGGCAGAUGUCUUGCAGUCUCAUUAAGUUGCCAGAUCCUUGCCCAGGAAUUGCUAUAAAUCAAGGGAAGGCCAAUGUGGUGUUGUGAAGUACAAGUCAUAUCAUCCAAGACCAUUGGCCAUGCUUGCUGAGGCUGAUGGGUUUGUUGUCCACAACAUCAGGACACCAUGUUGCUUAUCGCUGCCAUUGAUUCUCUAAGCCGGGGUAGUCAACAUUUUUAUACCUACCGCCCACUAAUGCAUCUUUCUUGAUGGUAAAAUUUCCUUACCGCCCACCAGUGCUCAAUGGAAGGAGGAUUCAGCUUGUGCCAUAGAACCUCCCACUGCCCACCUAGAAUCCUCAGUUACCCACUAGUGGGUGGUAAUAAUAAUAAUAAUAAUAAAUUUUAUUUAUAUCCCGCCCUCCCCAGCCGAAGCCGGGCUCAGGGCGGCUAACAACGAUAAAACAGUACAAAAGUACAGCAUAAACAACAGUCUAAAAUCAUUCAUUAUAAAAUUAAUUAAUUCAGGCCACUGGCAACCAUUGGGCCAGAGCUCCGCGAAGAUUGCCGAGGGAGGGAGUCAGGCUGUGCCCUGGCCAAAGGCCUGGUGGAACAGCUCUGUCUUGCAGGCCCUGCGGAAAGAUGUCCAGUCCCGCAGGGCCCUGGUCUCUUGUGACAGAGUGUUCCACCAGAUCGGAGCCACGGCCAAAAAAAGCCCUGGCUCUAGUUGAGGCCAGCCUAACUUCUCUGUGGCCUGGGACCUUCAAGAUGUUUUUAUUUGAAGACCGUAAGUUUCUCUGUGGGGCAUACCAGAGAGGCGGUCCCGUAGGUACGAGGGUCCUAGGCCGUAUAGGGCUUUAAAGGUUAAAACCAGCACCUUAAACCUGAUCCUGUACUCCACCGGGAGCCAGUGCAGCUGGUAUAGCACCGGGUGAAUGUGAUCUCGCAGCGAAGACCUCGUAAGGAGUCUCGCUGCAGCAUUCUGCACCCGCUGGAGUUUCUGGGUCAGUCUCAAGGGCAGCCCCACGUAGAGCGAGUUACAAUAAUCCAGUCUGGAGGUGACCGUCGCAUGGAUCACAGUGGCUAGGUCAGGGCGAGAGAGGUAAGGAGCCAACUGCUUAGCUUGGCGGAGAUGGAAAAAUGCCGCCUUUGUUAUAGCUGCAAUCUGCGCCUCCAUGGAAAGGGAGGUGUCGAAGAUUACACCCAAACUCUUAACGGACGGUUGCUGGCACUAAUUGCGCCCCGCAAGAGAUGGGAGUUGCCCCCCCAAUCCCAAAUCGCCCCGUCCCAGCCACAGGACCUCUGUCUUCGAAGGAUUUAGCUUCAACCGGCUCCCACGUAACCAUCCAGCCACAGCUUCCAAACAUCUGGUCAGUGUGUCUGGGGCCGAGUCAGGAUGGCCAUCCAUCAACAGAUAGAGUUGGGUGUCAUCAGCAUACUGAUGGCAACCCAGCCCAAAACUCCGAACAAGCUGGGCGAGGGGGCGCAUAAAGAUGUUGAAAAGCAUCGGGGAGUAUCGCACCGUGAGGUACUCCUCACACCAAUGUGUGGCGCGAUGACAAUUCCAACAACAAGCGCCUCCCUCUGUCCCCGAACAGAGAGAUAAUAGCUCAGCCAUUGAAGGACUGUGCCCUGGAUCCCAACGUCGGCAAGGCGGUGGUCCAGAAGUUCGUGAUCGACCAUGUCGAAAGCUGCUGACAGAUCUAGAAGAAUCAGCAGCCCCGACCCGGCUCGAUCCAGCUGUCUACGAAGAUCAUCUGUUAGGGCAACCAGAGCCGUCUCGGUCCCAUGACCAGCGCGGAAGCCGGACUGGAAUGGAUCCAGAGCCGCUGCUGGGCCGCUGUAGGGACAAAGUUGACAACCCCUGCUCUAAACAGACUUUAAACUACUCCAAUAUACUGUUGUAGACAUUUAUUUUGUAUUAUCCAAAAGUACUCUUGGAACCAUACAGGUGAGGGACUUAGUGGCCAAUAAGUGGUAAUGGCUUUGAACAUUUCUUGCCGCCAGUUUAACUUAAUAAUUACCGUAAUAGGUUAAAACUGUAUUUCUGUUGGAUCAUAAUGUGUAUGUGUAUUUUAAAAUACUGAAUAGUGCAUAAGAUUAUUAGUCAUUAGAAGGGGGAAGAGUGUUUGUUUGAAGUCAAUACAGUGGUACCUUGGGUUACAUACGCUUCAGGUUACAUACGCUUCAGGAUACAGACUCUGCUAACCCAGAAAUAGUACCUCGGGUUAAGAACUUUGCUUCAGGAUGAGAACAGAAAUUGUCCAGCAGCGGCGCAGCAGCAGCGGGAGGCCCCAUUAGCUAAAGUGGUGCUUCAGGUUAAGAACAGUUUCAGGUUAAGAACAGACCUCCGGAAGUCCUUAACCCGAGGCACCACUGUAUUUCUAAAAAAAUGUUUAGAGGUACUCUCAUUUUCCUACUCAUAUUGAAAUACUGCCCAUCAAUGAGGGCAAACAUAGGUUCACAAAAUGUUUAGGGGUAUGCGUACCCCUGUGUACCCCGUCCCCCCAGGAAAAAAGCACUGUGCGUACUCGGGGGAGUGCUGGAUAUAGCUAUAAGGGCUAAUUCACAAAUUUUUGCUCAUCAAUUCGUGAUCACAACAGCAAAUUGUGACUUGCAGGUAUGAACACACAAUCAAAGAUAGGACUGUCAUAUAUCACUCUGCAUCCUCUUAAACACAAUGCUUUUCAGCGCCCACAGAAAUGUCAGCAAGUCAUCUAGUGCAGAUCUACAGAGGGUGGUGAAUACGGCACAUGAUAUCAUGGGCUGUCCCUUGAAUCCGCUAGAUGACAUUGCAAGGGAUAAGGGAUCGUUGCCUUAGGAGAGCGAGAAAAAUUCUCAGGGAUGACUCACACCCCAGCCAUCACCUUUUUAAUCUUCUACCCUCGGGCAAGAGAUAUAGAAGUAUAAUCAGCCGUACCAAUAGGCUAAAAAAUAGCUUGUAUCUGUGGGCUGUUAGGCUGUUGAACAGAAAAUAACAUAGCGCAACUGACUUGCGAGGUGGUGUGUUGUGCGAUAAGCACACAGUGUGCAAUGAGAUUGAGUGUUGUGGGGGGAGGGAGGCUCAUUUAAUUUCAUUGUACACAGGUUGUAAAGGUAAAGGGACCCCUGACCGUUAGGUCUAGUCGCGGACGACUCUGGGGUUGCGGCGCUCAUCUCGCUUUAUUGGCCAAGGGAGCCGGCGUACAGCUUCAGGGUCAUGUGGCCAGCAUGAGUAAGCCGCUUCUGGUGAACCAGAGCAGUGCACAGAAACGCCGUUUAACUUCCCACCAGAAUGGUACCUAUUUACCUAUUUGCAGUUUGACGUGCUUUCAAACUGCUAAGUUGGCAGGAGCAGGGACCGAGCAACGGGAGCUCACCCCGUCGCGGGGAUUUGAACUGCCGCCCUUCUGAUCGGCAAGCCCUAGGCUCUGUGGUUUAGACCACAGUGCCACCCGCGUCCCUCUACACAGGUUGUACAUUGACAAUAAAGGUAUUAUUAACUUCAUGAUCUAGAGCAUGAUCUCUACCAAAUGCUAUCUGACCAAAGGAAAAGUCAGUGGCAAUCCUGCAAGCUUCCUCCCCCCUGUGAUUGCCACUUCCAUAAUACUGUGUUUAGUUGGGCUAUUCUUGGUUUUAGCAAUAUUUUCUUUAUUAAACCAGAGAACACACUGCCGCAGUUUCUAUGCAUGGUUAAGCACGGUGGCUCCUGAUCAAGCCGUAAUUGACAGGACAUGGAAGAACUUGUCUUCAGUUUGACGGGAUCAUAGCAAAUUGCUAAUGAAGUGCUUCAAUCUGCUUCCUCCUUACAGCGCAAUCCUUGAAAAGCAGUUUGAGUUCUGUCAGGAGGUGUUUCUUUUAUGAGGGCAGUUAAAGGGACACCUGCUUAGACUGAUAUACCUAAUGCUGUGUCAACAUUUCCAUUGAUUUGGUUUAUAACCCAGCUGUGAAAACUCAUUUUAGCCCAAGACUUGGUAUAGAAUAUCUAAAAUCCAAGAGGGAGGGGAAAGUCCAUCAUUACCCCACACUGAAAGGUAUAUACUAGAGGGGCAAAAUAUAAUUAGACGAGUUAAGGUAAAGCUGGCAGUUUUCUCUCAAACAGAGAGAGUGAUGUUUGUCCAUUAAAUCAUUCUGCAGUAAAUUAAAUCUAUCAGCAGUGCAGUUCUAUGCAAGCAAGUGGGAGAAGAAGCAAGGUAACCAGAAUCGCACACAGUAUUUCAAGGAUGGUUGCGCCAUAGAUUUGUAUAACAGCAUCACGAUAUUGGCAGUUUUUGUUUUCAAUCUCAAGCAUGGAAUUUGCCACUUUCACAGCUGCUACACAGCCUGGACAGGGAAGAUGGGAUUUGUAGUCCACAAUAUUUGGAGGCUGCCAUUUUGGCAACCCAUUGAGGCAUCAGUUAGAGCUGAAACUCUCAGAGUACUUUCCUUUCACCUACUGAUCUAUCCAUGGUCUGGCAAGCAUUUUUCUGACCCUCUUGCUUGUCCCAAACCCCAGACACAGAUCAACUUUCCAUCUCUGUCUGUGUGCAUCAAACAGAGGGAACUCUAAUUGAUCCCAGUUCUAGGUAUCUUCCCCAGACUGUCAACUGGACCCAUUGUCUUCCUAACUACCCACAAGCUUCGCCGCCUCAAAACACGAUGAAUUUUCCAGCUCAGAGCAAAAUUCAAUCUUUGCCAUUAAAGUACGUAAGAAAGUAAGAAGAGUCUGCUAGAUCAGGCCAAUAGACUAUCUAGUCCAGCAUCCUGUUCUCACAGUUGCCAACCAGAAGGCUGUGGGAAACCCUCAGGCAGGACUCAAACACAAAAUUAAAUGACAACUUGUAGCAGCCCUCUUAGGUCUGAGUCAGAGGCCUUUCCUAGAACAAAAUCUGGAGUGUUUCUUUUCAAAACAAUGCACUUGCUCUACCAUGGAAGUAUGAGCCCUUCAAAUAACAGAAGCUUCUAGCGAUACAGUAUGCUCUGGAGAAAAAUGGAAUUGGGCCUUAGUUUAAGAAAACUCAAGCAAUGUGCUGAUGAUGACACAGUUACCCUACUUGUGAAAUUUCUCCCUCUUGGUGUUGAACUCACACCAUACCUUGCAAACUGGGCUAUCCCCUGUUAAUCCUAUUACACCGUGAUCUAAUGUAGGGUUGCCGUAUUUCAAGAAGUAAACAUCAACAUCAGAGUGGUUGAACUUUUGGGGGGAAAUCGACAUCAUAAUUGUUGUGCUAUUUGGGGGAAUUUACCAAAAUAGGCAAGGAGUCAAACACAUACUUCCUUCUUCUGUUGGCAAAAACCCGGACAUUUUGACAAUUUUUCAAAAUUCCCACUGGACGCUAAUUCCGCCGCUGAAAUCCCGGACAUGUCCAGGAAAAUUCCAGAGGUAUGGCAACUCUGUGUAAUGGGAACUUUAUGCUGUGAAAUGGUUCAGGGGGGAGGGGUGGAGACCACACUAGCCUCCUCAGUUUAUGUUUUAGUCAUCAAGGUGAUCUCACCUGUGAGACUCUAAUCUGGUUUUUAACCUGCUGCUAAAUAUGUCAGUUUGCAUUGGAACAAGUAUCAGUGCUUCAGUGAGCAGUGAGUGAUUUGAAUUGCGGAAGGUAUCCACUUUCCCUGACUCCAAUGCUGGGAUCAAAUGUGCAAAGAAAGGCGAAGGUACACCAUCUGGCUUCUAAAGAGAUGAAGGUGUGCAAAAGAGUUUGAUCUGCUGCUAUUUGUUUAAUGAUUGCAAUUAUUUGUACCCUGUUAAUUUAAAGCAGAGUCUCUGGUGCCCAGCGGAAGGAUGAGCAAUACGUGCUACAUACUCUAUAUUGCUUUAUUUACAGUUCAAAGCUGGUAUAUUACAGAAAGACAUCUUGCCUCUGCAGGAGCAGAAAAUGCAUCCUCUCUCCUCAACAGCUCGGAGAGAAUCACACAGUGAAAAACAGGAAACCAGUGUACGUCACAUCCAGUCUCCCUUUCCCGUGAGAAACUCCAACAGUACAGACUGUGGAAUGUAAACACCUGUCUUGUGACUGCAGUUGCUGCUCAGUGAAGGAAAUCAGAAACCAACAUCCUCCCCCUUUCUGUGAACAUCACUGGGCAGCGUGUUCGUACAAUAUCAGUACAAACCCAACUUCUGCACAUAGGUACAGUGUUGAUCCCUUGAUACAAUCUUGGACAAUACAUCAGCAGGAAUUUCAUUACCUGGCAUAUAGGACACCGUUACGAGUCCCUUCUGAAUACAUUCCCUAGCAUGCUGCAACUUUAAUUGCAAGUGCUUUGUGCUUUGCUUACAACCUUCAGACUUCAGCAAAGCCAAACAUGCUUUGUUGUCCUGGUAAACCUGGAUUGGACAUUUGACAGGAAUUUUCAUAUCUUUGCACAAUUGUACUAACCAUUCACAAUCCUUAAGUGAAUAAGACAGUGCAUUCAGUUCAGCUUCACAAGUACUUAAGCUAACUGUUGUUUGCUUCUUGCAUGACCAAUCAAACAGACUCUGAUUGUACAUGUAGCAAACUCCAGACGUACUUUUCCUGUCUGUAGCGUCACUUCCAAAACUUGCAUCUGCAAAUAUCUCAAGACCACCAGACUUCUGAUUGUUAAAUCUCAGUCUGUAAUGCAUAGUGCCUUUCAAAUACCGCGCUAUGCGUUUCAGAGCUUUCCAAUCCUUGACACUAGGAUUGUUGACUUGUCUGCUUAGCAAAUUACAGCUAACAGCAAUGUCUGGUCUUGAACAUCUGGCAAUGAAGUUUAGCUUGCCUAGCACACUCCUGUACAGUGUAGUGUCAGAAAAUGCUUCUUCAGUGUCAUCUACCUGAUAACCUGUUGUCAUCGGUGUGUCUACAGGGUUAGCAUCCAUCAGAUUUAGUUUGCUUAACACAUCAGCAAUUUUCCGUGACUGGUGUACUAGAAUGUUACCAUCUUGAUCUCUCUCUAUUUCCAGAGAUAGGUAGUUGUUUACCUCACCAAGAUCUUUCAUGUCAAAGUGCUCUUUCAGUUGCGCUAGGCGCUAUUGUACAUUGCAACAUCUUUCCAAAAGAAUAAUAAAUCAUCAACAUAAAACAAACAGUACAGUUUCUUUUGCCCCUCCUCUUGACAAAUACACAUGGAUCAGCUUUCCUUGCUGAAAACCUAGAGAAAACAAUACUUCAGUGAGUUUUGUGUGCCAACACCGUGCACUUUGUUUGAGACCAUAAAGGGAUUUCUUCAGAGCACAAACAAAUCCCUGUUUUACCUGUACGCCAUCAGGUGGAAGCAUAUAAAGUGAUUCAUCUAGAGAUCCGUACAGAAAAGCUGUAUUAAUAUCAUGGUGACUAAUGUGUAGAUUUUCCUCUGCAGCUAGCUUGAGCAUAAGCCUAAUGCUUUCAUAUCUCACUGUGGGUGAAUAGGUCUCGUGAUAGUCUUCACCUGGUACCUGUGCAAAACCUCUGGCUACCAAUCUGGCUUUGUGUCUGACUAUCUUGCCAUUUUGAUCUGUCUUCGCUUUGAAGACCCAUUUGCUUCCAAGCAGUUUCAUUCCUGGAACUACUGGAACUAGCUCCCAUGUUUUGUUCCUUUCUAAGGAAUCAAGCUCAGCCUUCAUGGCAUUUAACCAUGGCUCAGCUUCCUUUGAAUCCAAACCCUGGAUUUCUUGGAAACUUGAAGGUUCAAAUACCUUCUUGGAGCUUUUAACAGCUGUUACUGCUAUCGUAGCAAACUCAUCAGCAAAUCUCUUUGGAGGUUUGCCUUUGUGGCUCUCUGUGACCUACGAAUUAGCCUUAAGUCUUCAACACUCUCCUCUUCCUUCUUAGGAGAAAAACGACCUAUUGUGAACAAUGGUUCCUCCAAUUCUUGAUCAGAGCUUUCAGAGGGUCGCAUAGAGGCUUUCGCACUCUUGAAAUCCUCUGAAUCACCCGAUUCAGUUUCAGAUUCAGACUCAGAACCUUCAUCAGUGGGUGUGGGCUGUUGUGGUUGCUUUUGACUAUCCUCAGUCUCAUCACCGUCAUCAGGAUAACAUUGGAAAAUUCCCACAUUCUCCCCCACUUUGCAUUGUACUCAACACUUCUCGUGAGCUUAAUUGUCUUAGAGUCAGUCAUCAUUAUUCUGUAAGACCCUUUCUGAUAACCUAGAAAGAUACCAUGCAAUCCACGCUUGUCUAACUUGGAGUUUUGUGGUGAGCGAACCCACAUGUCAGAACCAAAAUCUUCAUGUGUUUGAUGUAUGGCUUCUGCCAAACAUCUUCUCAUAUGGGGUACAACCAAUCGCUGAAGAUAACCUGCGAUUGUAACUGUAAACAAAACACGAGAGAGAUUCUGCCCAAUAACUCUCUGGAAGAUUGGCAUCAUGCAGCAAGGUUUUUAAGCCUUGAAGCAAUGUCUGAUUUGCCUGCUCCGCAAGUCCAUUCUGCCAUGGCGAGCGAGGACUAGACAAAUCGUGUUGAAUUCCUUUCUCAGUCAGAAAAGCUUCAAACUGCUGAGAAGUGAAUUCCCCGCGAUCACUGAAAAGAGUCUUUAUCUUCUUACCAUGCACAUUUUCCAACCAAGCACAGAAUUCCUUGAACCUAGGAAAAGCCUCCGAUUUCUGCUUGAGAUUGUACACAAAAAUAUAUCUAGAAAAUGCAUCAAUGAGAACCAUGAAGUAUCUAUUUCCACCCAAAGAGGGCGCUAGUGGUCCAACCAAAUCAGCAUGAACAACCUGGUAUGGUUCUGUAGCUUUCCUACUAGACACCUUACCUUUCGCAGCCAUUUUCACCUUGCUUGCUGCGCAUGCUUUGCACUUCAUGUGGUACCUGCAGGGUUUAAUAGUCAUACCUUCAACCAAGGCAGGCAUUUUAGAUACUGCCUCAAAAUGCAAAUGACCAAAUUUUCGAUGAAAAUCGUGAAUACAUUCUGCAUGCAAACUUUUGUUAGAACCUGCAAUGCAACAAGUGUCAUCCUGCACCACAUCAUCAUAAUACAAAACAAACAAAUGAUCAACAUAUUCUGCAUGCAAUACAUAAUCAUUUUUCUUUGUGAUGAUGCACUUCUUGUUCUUGAAGGAAACGUCAAUGUUCCGCUCAUUCAGCUGUCCAACGCUGAGCAGAUUAUGUUUGGCGCCUGGCACGUAAAGCACAUUCUGUAUCGAUAAGUCCAAACUGUGAAGAACAACAGUUCCGUAGCCUUUACUGGGAAUAGUGUGGUCAUCCGCCUGGUGAAUCGCACCUUCCUGCGGUGUAAAAGACACAAACAGUUUCUUAUCGUUGCACAUGUGGUGGGUGGCCGCUGAAUCAACAACGAAGAAAGAUCUAGACGUCUUCUGGACCUCUGCAACCUUUGGAGUGAAGCGUGAAACCAUAGCCUUGUGCUGCGUUGUCCUAGACACCGGACCUUUGCCUUUGCCUCGGCCUUUUCCGCGCGAUGAGCUUCGCUGCGCUGCUCUGUCUUGGCCCUGGGAUGUCUGCAUUCCUCUUCAUAUGGCCUAGACGUCCACACGAGUAGCAUUUCACUGCCUUCAAAGCUUUGGCGCCAUCUGGUGGUUCCACUGCACUAUGGGAUGACGUCUGUGAAGACUCCCUUGCCCAUGCAGCUAGCACCCCGGCGAUCUGCUUCAUUUAAAAUCACGGCAGUAACAAAGUCCACUGUCAGCUGAGCAGUUGGUUGCACAGCAAUCUGGGUUGCAACAGACUCCCAACCUGAACCCAAAGAUUGUAGUAUCAUGAAAGAAUACACAGCCUCUGGAAAGUUGAGUCCUCUCUGUUGCAGCUCAUGUCUCAGAUUUUGCAUCUCCAUCAGAUGUAAACGCACAUCUCCACCUUCAGCAAGAGCCAUAUUAUGCAGCUUGUUAAAAUAAAACAUAGUGGAUCCAGCUUCUGUCCUUAAGUGAGCCUCUCUCAGAGCGUCCCAAAUUUCUCUGGCUGAGGUCUUAUCACGCAAUAGACAGAGCUCUUCUGGGGAUACUAUCAAUGUAAGAGUUCCCUUGCUUUGGAAUCCUUAGCUUCCCAUGCAUCUGUAACUGGAACUGGGGGUUCCUGUAAUCACCUCAAACAAACCCUCUUUCCGCAGAAUUGCCUCUGCAUACUGAACCCAGUCGCUGUAAUUUUUCUUGUUGAGCUUAGGAAUCCCACAAGCAUCCUGAAGGGCCAUCAUGACUCUGGCAUUAGCCUUCAGCGUCAUAUGCUGCUUUAAAUCUUGCUGCGUCACUGCUGCAGCUGCCUUAUCACAAAGGCACACUUAAAAGUUACUUUCGAUUUCCCAGCAUAGUGACUUGUGCCUGGGAGACUUUUGCAUAUUCCCUGCAAAACCGGCUUUAAAAGUUCAAAGUCCAGCCAUAAAGCCAUUAUCUUGAAGCUGGCAGGCUGCCCGGAGCAGUAGCACAUACCUCAUCAAUCACUUCUACGCGCAGAGCAGAUUCCUUUCCGAUCCGUCCUCUGCAUUCCGAUCCUUUGCCGGCACUCCGAUUCGACCUCUGGAGUCCAUAACCACGUGUUGAUUUAAAGCAGAGUCUCUGGUGCCCAGCGGAAGGAUGAGGAAUACGUGCUGCAUACUCUAUAUUGCUUUAUUUACAGUUCAAAGCUGGUAUAUUACAGAAAGACAUCUUGCCUCUGCAGGAGCAGAAAAUGCAUCCUCUCUCCUCAACAGCUCGGAGAGAAUCACACAGUGAAAAACAGGAAACCAGUGUACGUCACAUCCAGUCUCCCUUUCCCGUGAGAAACUCCAACAGUACAGACUGUGGAAUGUAAAACAAUGUCUUGUGACUGCAGUUGCUGCUCAGUGAGGGAAAUCAGAAACCCCACCUUUCAGUGUACAAAUUCUUCCAAGGCAGCUUCCGCCGUACAUAAAGAUACAAGGGUAAAAUCAUGUGGGGCUGCCUUUGAAGAUGACUGGGAAACUACAACUAAAAGGAAUGUAGCAGCUAGACUGGUGACUGGGAGCAGCUGUCGGGACCAUAUAACACUGGUCCUGAAGGGCCUACAUUGGCUCCCAGUAUGUUUCUGAGCACAAUUCAAAGUAUUGUUGCUGACCUUUAAAGCCCUAAACAGCCUUGGCCCUGUAUACAGUGGUACCUCGGGUUAAGAACUUAAUUCGUUCUGGAGGUCCGUUCUUAACCAGAAACUGUUCUUAACUUGAGGUACCACUUUAGCUAAUGGGGCCUCCCGCUGCCGCCGCACCGCUGCCGCGCAAUUUCUGUUCUCAUCCUGAAGCAAAGUUCUUAACCCAAGACACUAUUUAUGGUUUAGCAGAGUCUGUAACCUGAAGCAUCUGUAACCCAACUUACCACUGUACUUGAAGGAGUGUCUCCACCCCCAUCAUUCAGCCCAGACACUGAGAUCUAGCUUUGAGGGCCUUCUGGCAGUUCCCACACUGCGAUAAGUAAUGCUACAGGGAACUAGGCAGAGGGCCUUCUCGGUAGUGGCACCCACCCUGUGGAACACCCUGCCAUCAGAUGUCAAGGAAAUAAGUAACUAUACAGUCUUUAUAAGACAUCAUUUAGAAGCCCUGUUGGCAGUUUGAAUUCACACAAUGGUGUGAGUUCCUGUUGCUCUGUGUCAGCUCCUGCCAACCUAGCAGUUUGAAAGCAUAUCAGUGCAAGUAGAUAAAUAGGUACCACUGUGGCAAGAAGGUAAACAGCGUUUCCGUGCGCUCUGGUUUCCAUCACGGUGUUCUGUUGCGCCAGAAGCAGUUUAGUCAUGCUGGCCACAUGACCCAGAACGCUGUCUGUGGACAAACGCUGGCUCCCUCGGCCUGAAAGCAAGAUGAGCGCCACAACCCCAUAGUCAUCUUAGACUGGACUUAACCAUCCAGAGGUCCUUUACCUUAGAAGCCCUGUAUAGGGACGUUUUUAAUGUUUUAUAUUUUAUUAUGUCCUGUAUAUGCUGGAAGCUGCCCAGAGUGUCUGGGGCAACCCAGUCAGUUGGGUGGGGUACAAAUAAUAAAAGCGUUGUUGUUGUUGUUGUUGUUGUUGUUGUUGUUGUUGUGUUAUAUUGGGAUAGUUCAGUCUAUAGAACAGGAUACACUUAAUCUCAGGGUUGUGGGUUCAAACCCCACGUUAGGCAAGAUUCCUGCAUUUGCAGGGGUUUGAAGUAGAUGGCUCUUGUGGUCCCUUCCAACUUUAAACUUCUACGAUUCUAUAAAAAUAUAACCAUUCAUCAGAUCCCUUCCCACGAUGGAAGAAAGCCCUGUGGAGCAAGUCAGAGGGUAGAAGCCAGCUGGAGAAGUUCCUUGGCUCCUUCAUUCUACUGGAAUCCACCCCACCAGGGCUGUUGUUGGUAGAUGGCCCUAAUCACUGCCCAACAUUAUGAAGUCAUUCAGUGCUGCAAAUUCAAGACAGCAGUUCCUUGCCCUGUCACCUAUUCAGAUCAUUAUUAAUAAUAAUACAUUCAUUAACUCAUUAGCUGACCUCCUAAGGCUAUCCCCGCCCACUUCCCCAACAGAAAUUGUUCUGAAGAAAGGAAUAAUUCAUUUGUUUAUUUUCACAGCGUCUAGCCCACCAAUUUGCCAAAGCACUCUAGGAGGUGAUCAUAAAAGCAAAGUGCAGAACAGGCAAUAAAGCGAAACAAUAGAACAAAAUAUUCUAAAAGAACAAAACCAGACAUGUGCAUUUAAAAGCUUGUCUAAAUAAUGAUACAAAAAACCUAAGAAGUUUGCCUUGCAGACCAAGAUCCACCUAAUCCAUAUUCUGUUUCCAGCAACCAUCAGUCAGAUAGCCCAAGGAACUUUACAAAAAGGAUGAGCCAUGGCAGGUGUCCCUGAUAGUUUGUUCCCAGUUCUUGGAAUACAGAGAUAAAGGUGCAGGGUGUGGAAGUAGCCAUGGUCCCUAAUUGGUUAUCUGGUUAUCUGUUUUUUCAUUUCUUCCUAAAAGAAUAUGAAGAGGUGGGUUUUGGUUUAGGCCUGCUUUGAACUCCAAAGCACAAGGGACACAUUAUUAUUAUUAUUAUUAAUAAUAAUAAUACCCCACCCAUCUGGCUGGGUUUCCCCAGCCACUCUUGGUGGCUCCCAUCAUCAUCAUCAUUAAGCAGUGAUCAAACAUUAAAAACUUCCUUAAACAGGGCUGCCUUCAGAUGUCUUCUAAAAGUCAGAUACAGUCAUACCUCGGGUUACAGAUGCUUCAGGGUUAUGGACCCGCCGAAACCUGGAAGUACCGGUACGGGUUACUUCUAGGUUUCGGGGGUCGCGCAUGCGCAGAAGCGCCAAAUCACAACCCGCGCAUGCGCAGACACACCACUGCAGGUUGUGAACGCUGCAGGUUGCAAACGUGCAUCCCAUACAGAUCACGCUCACCACCCAAGCGUCCACUGUAGUUGUUUAUUUCCUUGACAUCUGAUGGGAGGGCGUUCCACAGGGCGGGCACCACUUCCAAAAAGACCAUGUAAAUCUGUCCUCCUGUGGUGAAGGAAAUCUAAGCAUGUUUCCAUAUCUAAAUCUCAGUUACUGGGGGAGCUCAUAUGACCUAGGCCAAAUGGGACAUUAUAGGUUAAGACCAAGGCCUUAAACAGAACAUGGUGUUGACCUAUAAAGCCCUAAAUGGCCUCGGCCCAGUAUACCUGAAGGAGCGUCUCCACCUCCAUCGUCCAGCCCAGGCACUGAGGUCCAGCUCUGAGGACCUUUUGGUGGUUCCCUCACUGCGAGAUAUGAAGCUACAGGGAUCAGGCAGAGGGCCUUCUUGGUAGUGGCGCCCACCGUGUGGAACACCCUCCCAUCAGUUGUCAAACAGAUAAACAGCUAUUUGAGUUUUAGAAGACAUCUGAAGGCAGCCCUUUUAAUGGAUGGAGUUCUAUUGUGUUUUUAAUAUUUUGUUGGGAGCCGCCCAGAGUAGCUGGGACAAUCCAGUCCGAUGGGUGGCAUAUAAAUAAUAAAACUGUUAUUGUUGUUGAUAACAUGUAAACUUUAUAGUAACAACAUCAAAACCUCACAGAAAGCUAGUGUUUCAGGAACCAAAACCUAGCUUUUACUUGUGCUGGUUUUCUGGGUACAUUGAUUGACUGGUUUUUAAUGUGAAGAACUAUUCAAAGGUGUGAAUCUUCCACACGUUAUUCUGAAGUGGUACAACUCAUGGGUUGUGGACUGCAUAUGUAUGUUAAAUUUUGGUCUCAGAUCUGAGGGACCCCUUUGCAAGGAGAGUAAGCCUAGCAGUCAAACCAGACUGACAGGAACAUCUUGUUAAAAACCCACCUAAAAUUACAGUUUUGUAAGGAGGACCUCUCUAGGCUUCAGUUUGGGCCUUGCUCAGCUGUAGCUUGUUAACUUUUUCAAGCAAGUUUACUAAAAUUUGAUUGCGGGAGCACAAAUCUCUGGUGAUCACUUUCUAGCUGUUCUGGUUUCCAGUAGUAUAUCCUUUUUAUGGUGUUUGGCAUGUAAAUGAUGCUGGCCUUGGAGAAAAUAGGGAGGGGGCAGGAGAAAGAUUAACAUUUUAACGUCAUUCCUUGGCUACUCGUGCUGUGCAGGACUGUGUUAUUUAUGAUCAUUUUAGUGACCACCAACCAAUCAGCUUGGAGAUUCCAGUUGAAAUAUGCAAUGUCAAUACAACCUGCACAAUCCCUGGAUUUAUUGGCUUGGCUGGUGUUCAGGGGUUUGUGCAGUACUUGCGAUCUCUCAUUUGGUUCUGUCCUGCUGCUAUCAUUCCCAAAUUACAUUUCAGAUCGUUAUGACAUCUGGAAUUUCUGGCCAAAGGGGAGACAUAAGUGACCCAAAGUUGAACUAAAUAUUCUUGAUGUGACUUGAAGGAAAGGAAUGACGCACAUCUAAUGGGUUAAGAGGUUUCCAGUCAUUUUGGACUCAUAAUAGCUGCCGAUACGCAAGGAAGUUUACUUAGGAAAGCUGAUCAAUGAGUUUUUCCAAACUUGGCUCCUCUACGGAUUAUUUUAGAGACAAGAAAGCACCUCUCACUUUUGAAACUGAAGCCAAACUAUACUUUCCUGUUACACCUUCCUGUUCCUCUUUUUUUUUUCAGCACAAGCUAUUUCAUUCUAAUAUAGAUUUGUGCAUGAUUGUCAUCACAGUGUAAUUCAUGUGGCUGCUGGCAGAUGGUGCUAGCUCUGUGAACUACAGUGUGAUGACAAUUAGGAUAAGGGAACUGAAGAAGGAGAGGAGGCUGAGGAAGAAGCAAAGAAGGAGGGACAGGUGGUUGAGGAGGCAGAGGUAGAAGCUGAAGGGAAACCUGAGAGGAGGGGAGAAGGACUUAAGAGGGCAGGCAAAACCAAGACCUCCUUGAAGCUGUGUGGAGCUGCUUGCAGUUGCCUCAGUUUGACUGUAUAUGCUGUUCCCUCCCUCCUCUCUAUCAAACUUAAACAAGUUUAAUUUCCACUGCUUCCUUUUUAAAAAAAUCUAGGAAGUCAUAGUUUAUUGAGAUCCUGAGUAUACUCUGGCUGAAUCUACACACAUUUUUUUUAAAAAAAAAACCACUGCGAAAAUGCUUUCAAAAAAACGUUUUGAAAUAUAUAUGGAGUUUGCCAUUAGCUCACCACCCCCAUCUAGUGUCACUUUGGUAUAAUGCACUUAAAAUGUUAUAUUUGCAGCUGUAUAGCUGAGUCCUCUGUCUAAGGGACCCAAACCCAAUAAAGAGUUAGUUUUAAGCAGGGCUGUGCAACUGCUUUGAGCAAAUCCUGAGUUCCAAAGUGAACUGGGCCAAUUCAGUCCAAAGUAGUCCUGGCCCAAAGCCCAUCUCUGAGUCGGUCUGAAGUGCAUUGGACGAAUCCAAAUCAAUCCAGAGCACUUGGGGCUGAACUGGAGUUCAAAGCGCUCUCUAAGAAAACCAGACGGCCUGUCUCCAAAGUGCAAAACAACACUGUGUAAGGAGGGAGCAAUGAGGGAAAGGGAGCUGGAGUCUGUCAUUAUGAGUACUUUGCUGUGUGGGUGUUUGUGUCUUGUGAGUAUAUUGUACACAGCCAAUGCAUAAAUAGUACAUGAACAGCAAAUGUAUAAAUGAUAAAGCUUAGCACUAGCAUGAAGCAUCUAGAUAGCAAUUGUGGUGCUCAACAGACUAUAGGGUCUUUUAAAAAUAUAUAUAUAUUGGGGGGCGGUCUUUAAAGGAGGCUACCAAAAAAAGCCCUUGACCUACCUGUUGUUAGGCUAAAUCCCUUCUGGAGACAGCUACCAAGUCUCCAAACUUGCAUACACAUAAAUACAUGUGAUGGAACAAGAAAAUUAUGGCCAUUUUACUUUUUUAAGAGCAAAUUUUAAGAUGGCUAGCACAUAAAACCAUGAAUCUACCUGUCUGAAAUUCAGCAAAGUUAAUUGUCUCUUAAGGGGCUAGCUACCAUGUCCUCAUAGUCCAUGUACCUAUGUAAGGGGAGGAAAGUUAUGCAAGUCAGUGAAAGGAAUGAGAAUUCAGAUUUCCAAAUAUUUGAUUUUGCUUCAGGGUAUAAGCCAGGUCUGAAUCAAUCCAAACUAAAUUGGCCUCCAAUGCACAUCACCAAAUUUAGUCCUAAGCCCUAGUCUUAACUAUGGUUUGCUAAAAUGAGAUAACUUGAACCCAUGGUUUAGAAAGCUGGCUUUUAAGCAAAACAUUAUUGAUUAACCACACUUGAAGGUUCAGAUGCUACACUGUGGUGAAUCAAAAAUAUAAGCAGAAACUGCCAAUAUCAUGACCAUGCCAGUGGAGGAGAGGGAAGCAUGGUAGGUACAAGAAGGAGGGCAGUGAGGCAAGCAUAUCCAAAACAAGGAGGUUCCCCCCUUGCUGGAUCCCUGUCAUAUACUGCUAUUUUUCUUUCAUAUAUCUUAAUGUGUAUGACACAGCUCGCCCACCUUGACACAUAAAAGUAAAGGUAAAGGGACCCCUGACCAUGAGGUCCAGUCGUGGCCGACUCUGGGGUUGCAGCGCUCUUCUCGCUUUAUUGGCCGAGGGAGCUGGCGUACAGUUUCCGGGUCAUGUGGCCAGCAUGACUAAGCCGCUUCUGGCGAACCAGAGCAGCGCAUGGAAACGCCGUUUACCUUCCCGCCGGAGCGGUACCUAUUUAUUGCACUUUGACGAACUGCUAGGUUGGCAGGAGCUGGGACCGAGUAACGGGAGCUCACCCCGUGGCGGGGAUUCGAACCGCCGACCUUCUGAUCGGCAAGUCCUAGGCUCUGUGGUUUAACCCACAGCGCCACCCGCGUCCCUCACCUUGACACAUACUUUGCCCCUUUUGUACCCUCCCUCGGAACUUAUUUUUUUCUGGUGCCACCACUGGAGGGAAGACGAAAAGACUGAGAGUACAGCCUUGUUCUCAGGAUGCUAAAUGCCCAAAUGCAUAAUGCUGAACUAUAGUUUAACAUGGCGUCUCCAAUGCAGCCAACACGGAACGCUUGAGAGUGUUUCUGCUGGUGUGCAAUGUGCGUUGAUUUGUGCUGUUUUUAUAUCCUCUGCUCGGUUUCCUAGAGGCAGUAAUAUGGAAGGAAUCAAUCUUCAUGUUCCUGGUAGAAAACAAGCGAGGCGUUUCUUUUCUUUCUUUCUUUUUCAUUACGAAAGAAACCAAAUAAAAACACCUGUCCAAAAAAUAAGAAGAGAAAAUUUUUUGCACACAUGCAUGUGCACAUAUGGAGUAUAAUGCAUUCAAUUUAUCAUCAUUGUCUGCAGACUGAGUCGAGGAAAAGCAUUCCAAACACUGUUCCUGCUGUGGAAUGCAGCCAUUCUUCAUGAAAUCCUUCAGGGCAUAGAACAUUUUAAAGCUGAAAGUGUUUCACAGCAUAGUUUAAAUAAUCCGUCAUCAAUCGGAACUUUCUCAGAGUCUUCGGCCUUUCUGAUUGCGAGCGGCUAAAGUUAUACAAGAAACGUUGAGAGGUAAAAACCACUCUUUGGGGCCCUGAUUCUACUUGGAUGUAAUGAGAUGCUGUCAAGCCUCCUUCCUUAAUAUGGCUCUUGGAGGGUUUACCUACUGUGCAGAAAACUUCCCACAUUGCUUCAGCGUUUCACAGAGGGAGAGCUAAAAGCAGGAGCCUAUAAAAAUGACCAAGGUCCAUAUAGUUAAAUCCAUGGUUUUCCCAGUAGUGAUGUAUGGAAGUGAGAGCUGGACCAUAAAGAAGGCUGAUCGUCGAAGAAUUGAUGCUUUUGAAUGAUGGUGCUGGAGGAGACUCUUGAGAGUCCCAUGGACUGCAAGAAGAUCAAACACAUCCAUUCUUAAGGAAAUUAGCCCUGAGUGCUCACUGGAAGGACAGAUCAUGAAGCUGAGGCUCCAAUACUUUGGCCACCUCAUGAGAAGAGAAGACUCCCUGGAAAAGACCCUGAUGUUGCGAAAGAUGGAGGGUGCAAGGGGAAGGGGGAUGACAGAGGACGAGAUGGUUGGACUGUGUUCUCGAAGCUACAAAUAUGACUCUGACCAAACUGUGGGAGGCAGUGGAAGACAGGAGUGCCUGGCGUGCUCUGCUCCAUGGGGUCACGAAGAGUCAGACACGACUAAACGACUAAACAACAACAAAUAAAGAUGACCAAGCUUAGCUAGGUCUUCCUAUCAUCCUGUAAAGUACAAGGACAAUUCUGCAAUGUGCUCGGUACAGAUCUGUAUGUCUAGUGCAGGCAUAGGCAAACUCGGCCCUCCAGAUGUUUUGGGACUACAACUCCCAUCAUCGCUGACCACUGGCCCACCAUUUUUCUAUCACUCAUUAGUUUUACCAUAAGUCUAUAUAAAAAGUUUAAAUUUUCCAAUCUUCUUCCACCAUCUCUUCUCCCAGGUUUCGGAUUCUGCCAGUCCUUUCCGUCAAUUCCAUAAAGUCCAUCAACCUAGUGACCUUAUGUCUGAGGCUCUUAAUUCUUUUCCAAGUCCCUUCUGCGGGUCUUCUUCAUUUUCUUUAAUGCUAAAGAGCCAAUCUCGGAGAUAUUCCAACCUGUCAAUCCUUUUCUUCCUUCUGCACAAAUCAGCUGAGUUUCCAUAGUUAAAACUACAGUCCAUAAAGUAUUUCCGGGUAUAUUUCAAAGUUCCUCCAAUUCCAAAGGCCCCCAAAACUUCAAUCUCCUCCAGGUCCGAGUCCAUGUCCCAAAAGUCAGUUAGUCCCUGCAUAAAGGGCUCUUUCCAACUUUCCUUCUUUAAUCCAAACCGGGAUCCAUUCCUUGGAGUCUGACUUUUCCUGAAUUCAAUCAUAGAAGGCCUCAACUUAUAAUCUCCAAUUUGCUUCUGUAAAUCCACAGAUCUCACUUGUAUUAUUUUAUGUUGAACAACAGCUGCAUUCUCCUUCUCCUUCUCCUCCUUCUCCUCCGCCAUUUGUCCUGCCAAAAUGGGUUCCUGUACCAAGUCCUGAAUUAUUUCUGUGUUAGUGUUUGCUUUUUGACUCAAGUUGGUCACUUUCUGUUCCAAAUUAUCAACUUUAAAAGUCAUAUCAUCCAUCUUCUUGUGAAGCUGUCCCAGCGAACAGCUUAUCUUACAUAAAAAAGUCAAAAUGGCCUCUCCUAUCAACAUUUUUAAAUAGCCCAAGGUUGCUCUCUGGUUCCCAAACUCCUUUUCUGCAGCUGGAAAUUCCCCAGUUACAGUCCUGUUACAGUUUCAAAAGCUCCCUCUAGAGGGAAACAGUCUCCACUUGUAUCAGUUCUUUUAAGCACAAUUUCAAACAUUAAAGAUAAAAUUUCAGUUACUUUUCCUCUUUUUUUUUAAACGCAGAAAGGGACAAUGGAAACAGUAUCUUACUCUUGUUUAGCUAACUGUCAAAUCUGUUCUGUCAAUAGCACUCUCUUCAAUCAUCAUCUGGCAGCCCGUUCCCAGGUUCAGAGCAGUGGUAAUCUGAUUUCUUCACUCUCUCCUGCAGGCUCACUAGAUCCAAAAUUUCCCCCCUCUUCUCCUGCUUCCCAAGGGGGUUUUGUAACUUUAAACCGGUGGAAAUUUAAUCCUUUGCCAAAAACUUUCAAAGGCUUUACUUGUAACGUCUUUGCUUCAGUCUAUUUACUAAAACGGAAGGCGGACUUCCUGUUUGUGACCUCCCGCUUCAGUGCCCAAUUAAAGUAUUUAAAAAUCCAAUUUUCCGAUUUACUCACGAGUAGUUGUUUGAAAUCCAAUUGUCCACAGGAAAAGGUCAGUGCUCCCUGGCAACAGCAAUGCGGCUUCACUCCGUGAAAAAAGCAGUUGAUUCAAAGCACCGUGCCACUCACCCCACGUCGCUCCGGAUCCCCAAAACAGGGUUUCCCCGCGAGUAGGGGAGGCGCAAAGGUGCCAGCCGAAUCCCACGUCCACAGGCUUCUCCCGCCUGUGGUUUUUAAUGGGUCUCCGCCUCGCCGUGGCGGUUCAGACCCUGUUUUUCGCGGAGCAGGUUCCUCCCGAUCGGAGGAAAUCCGCCAUUGCCAGAGGCGCCAACCCGGAAGUCCCACAGGUGAUGGGAAUUUUGAUCCACGAAAUUUUGAUGAGCAGCAUUCUAUUGGAGCUCCGUGAUUGCAGCUGCCCCCAAAUUGAGGCCAGGAUGUAUGGGGAGAGACCUCCUGUAGGCCUUCCCUAAGCCUCAUUUGGCCAAAUCUCUUGAGACUCAGGGUCUCAACUUCUAGGUCAGCUGCUUCAGCUUUCAGUUGGUCCAGUUGGGUACUGGCAUGGAGGGGAUGCAAUUUGGUGCUCUGCUUCGGGUGUCAAAAUGGCUUGGGCCAGGCUCUAAAUACAAGGGGGAAAGCUAGACUCUGAACAGCCCUAUAGUGCAUGUGACAGCAUAACUAAUCUCUAGAAAAGUGAGUGGCUCCAGCACUAGCACCAGGUUAAGGUCUCCCUGGUCAGAAUUCACUAGGACUAAGGAACACAGCAGACCCUCCGAGUGUCCCUAUUUUCUGUGGGGAUGAUUAGGGAGGCAGGAGAGGAUACAUUAUUUAAUGAUAUCCUUCCUAACUUGCGCUAGCAAGUUCCAUAUUCUAGCAGAGUUCCAAACACCCCCCUUUUUAAAUUAUGCAGCGAUCAGCUUGUUGCUGACUCAUCUGAGUCUUACUAUUAAAGAUUCCUUCCUGGUAAAAUCUCUUCUAAUCCCUCUUGAAAAAAGAAUAAACACAAGAAUAUGAUUAACAUUAAUAUAAAAGUAGUUUACUCACAGAUUCAUUCAGGUUCACAGACAUAUCCCUGAAGGCAGGUUUAGGUUACAUAACAACUAGAACUAUUCCAUAAAGAAGUUAGUCCCAAGUGACUGCGACUAAGCAGUCACUUCUCCAAACACACAGAUCAAACCAUGGAGGCUGUGUGCUCCUCCAUGCUAGUACAAUAGACCACACCCUCUUCAAGUCGCAUGUAGCGGAAGUCUGUCCCAGCUCAGGAGGAAACAGGAAGUCUUCUCCUGAGUGGUACAAAACAUCCCCUAACAUGUCCACUGUAGGAAUGUUGUACAGUGGACUCUCGGGUUGCGAACGUGAUCUGUGCAGGAUGCACAUUCGCAAUCCGCAGCGUUCACAACCCACAGCAGCAUGUCUGUGCAUGCGCGGGUUGCGAUUCAGCGCUUCUGCGCAUGCACAAAGCGUGAUUUAGCACUUCUGCACAUUCACGACCGCCGAGUAACUCAUUCCAGUACUUCCGGGUUUCGGCGGUCCGUAACCCGAAAAAACUCAACCUGAAGCAUCUGUAACCCGAGGUAUGACUGUACUUGGCUGCAGUUUUACAUCCCACAUUUUCCAGGGACAGCCCUGGGUUUACAGAAGCCAUUCCUAUUUCUGAUUUGAUCCUGGAAUGUCCCACUUUUCCUUAGGACAUCCGUAUUUCUAUCAGAGAAAUGUUGGAGGGUAUAGUAGGUGUGUCCACUCUUAAAGAAAACUUCAUUAGAUCCCUUAGACCUAUCCAAUUACCGCCCAGUUUCAAAUCUUCCAUACCUGGGUAAGGUAAUUGAGAGAGCAGUUGCUGAACAGCUUGGUAGGUUUCUGGAGGAAACAUCGGCAUUAGAUCCAUUUCAGUCCGGUUUCCGUCCUGGUUUUGGGACGGAGACGGCUCUGGUUGCCCUAACAGAUGAUCUCCAUAGACAACUGGAUCGAGGCGGGUCAGGACUGCUGAUCCUUUUAGAUUUGUCAGCGGCCUUUGACAUGGUCGAUCAUGAUCUUCUGGACCACUGCCUCGCAGACGUGGGGAUACAGGGCAUAGCCCGUAACUGGUUGUGCUCUUUUAUCUCUGGUCGGGGACAGAGGGUGGCACUAGGGAGAGAAAUGUCGUCGCACCACUCCUUGGUGUGUGGAGUGCCGCAGGGCGCAAUUCUCUCCCUGAUGAUUUUUAACAUCUUUAUGCGCCCCCUUGCCCAGAUUAUCCGGAGCUUUGGGCUGGGCUGUCACCAAUAUGCUGAUGACACUCAGCUCUAUCUGCUGAUGGAUGGCCACACCGACUCGGCCCCUCACACACUCACCAGAUGCUUGGAAGCUGUGGCUGGAUGGUUUCGUGGGAGCCGAUUGAAACUAAAUCCUUCGAAGACAGAGGUCCUAUGGCUAGGUCGGGAUGGCAUGGGGAUGAGGGACCAACUCCCUUCUCUUGCGGGGGCCCAAUUAGUGCCAUUGCCUUCCGUUAAGAGUUUGGGUGUAAUCCUUGACGCCUCCCUUUCCAUGGAGGCGCAAGUUACAGCAACAGCCAAGGCGACAUUUUUCCACCUUCGCCGCAUCAAGCAGUUGGUCCCUUACCUUUCCCGCCCCGACCUGGCCACAGUGAUCCAUGCGACGGUCAUCUCCAGGCUUGACUACUGUAAUUCGCUCUACGUGGGGCUGCCCUUGAAGCUGUCCCAGAAACUCCAGCGGGUACAGAAUGCUGCAGCGAGGCUCCUCACGGGGUCUCUGCCAUGGGAGCAUAUUCACCCAGUGCUUUUCAAGCUGCACUGGCUCCUGGUGGAGUACAGGGUCAGAUUUAAGGUGCUGCUUUUGACCUUUAAAGUCCUUCACGGCCUAGGACCCUCGUACCUACGGGACCGCCUCUCCUGGUAUGCCCCACGGAGAGCCUCAAGGUCCAUAAAUAACACCACCCUAGUGGUCCCAGGCCCUAAGGAAGUUAGAUUGGCUUCAACCAGAGCCAGGGCCUUUUCAACUCUGGCUCCGGCCUGGUGGAACACUCUGCCUCAUGAGACCAGGGCCCUGCAGGAUCUGAUUUCUUUCUGCAGGGCCUGUAAGACAGAGUUGUUCCGCCUGGCCUUUGGCUUGGAGCCAAUUUGAUUCCCUCCCUCCCUCUCUUUCUUUUUUCUUUUCCUUCUCCCCCUGCGAUGAGGCUACAUUUUAAUAUUUUAAUGUUCCAUUAUUUUAAUGUUGUAUUUUAUUUUUGUUUUUAAGUUGUAAUCAUUCAUCUUGUUUUUAUUAUUGCUUGUAAGCCGCUCUGAGCCCGGCCUUGGCUGGGGAGGGCGGGGUAUAAAUAAAAAAUUAUUAUUAUUGUUGUUGUUGUUGUUGUUGUUGUUGUUGUUAUCCCUAUUUUCACUGGAGAAAUGUUGGGGGGUGUAUGUCACAGGCUCUUUUCACCCAAGAAGCUUGCCUCCAGUUCACCCAGCUGGAAAUGGAUACUUAACCAGUUGAUGGAGAAGUCACGCUGUGGAAUUUGCCACAUCACUUCUGAGUGCCAGGGGUGUGGUCCAGCCACUGAGUCCCAGUGGCUGAGGAGGGACUGAGCACAAACUCUCCGAAACAUACUUGAUAUAAGAGAGGCCCCUGCCUCCAGGAGUUUACAAUUGAGAUGAUGGAUUUCUCUGACAUGGGGCUACUAGCGCAUGCCUAGACUGGUGUGCUGAGUGUUUUUUAGACAAAUAAAAGAUACCCAGGAGAGCAUUCAAUCUAAACUGUUCAGGAGAAGCAUUUUUCUGUGAAUCAUUUUUUAGGACAAGUUCCGAGAAUUUUUGAUUCAACAAAUGUCAGAUUUUUCUAUGCAACCGGAGUGAAGUGGGGGGUGGCUAUGAGAAAGUGAAAAUGUAACAAGACUGGCUUUAGCAAGAUUUAGAGUUGUUUGAUGAACAGAUUCCAACAGGUCUUGGCUCCACAGAAUAAAUCAGGAAGAGGUUGCCCAUAGUGUAGCCAAACACUAUAAGGGGGAAAUGGGAGCUGGGAAGUUGUGCUUCAAGCAAACAAGGAAUAGUUAAUACAAGUGGGACAGUGUGGCCUGUAUUUAAUGUAUGUCAACAUCAUGCAAGACCUGGUUGUCUCCUUAUCUGACAAGCUGAGACCAGGUUUAUCUAAAGGUUCACUAGAAUCUCCUCCUUUCUGAGUGAACCUGGGCCCAGCAUUGUGUAAAACCUGGCAGAUUUACGUGCCACAUUUUCACAUGAUUUUGACAUAAAACCAGAUAAAACUUGGCCGUUUUUCCAGUGUGCCUCACUGUGGGAUUUUGCCUUUAUUUGGACCUGAAACUCAGAACAUACUUCAUAGUCUGGGAAAAGUCGUUCUACGAUACGAAAGGAAGCAAUCGCCACGGAAAUGAGGGCUUUGGCAUAGCCUGGGUGAUCUAAUGUAUUAGAAAAUGGCAGCUGAAUAAUGUGAGAACUGGAGACCGUACUCUGAGGAGAUUGGCAGAGAAAAGGUUUUCGGUGUGGAUAGACAACUUGAAAGAGGCUGAUGUAUUCGGUGGUUCACAAACAAAGGAAGGCCACAAUGCGCUUGUGAUCGGAGGAGGCAACAUUCAGCAAGCACGACAGGAAUCGGUUUAUAAGACUUUGCUUUUCUGAAGCUAGAGAAGGCAGCUUUAAAUGAUAAAGGCAGUUUUAAACGAUUUUUCUGAUUAGGAAUCAGGAAAAUGUUGUUGUUUAGUUGUUUAGUCGUGUCCGACUCUUCGUGACCCCAUGGACCAGAGCACGCCAGACAUUCCUGUCUUCCACUGCCUCCCGCAGUUUGAUCAAACUCAUGCUGGUAGCUUCAAGAACACUGUCCAACCAUCUCGUCCUCUGUCAUCCCCUUCUCCUUGUGCCCUCCAUCUUUCCCAACAUCAGGGUCUUUUCCAGGGAGUCUUCUCUUCUCAUGAGGUGGCCAAAGUAUUGGAGCCUCAGCUUCCCAAUCUGUCCUUCCAGUGAGCACUCAGGGCUGAUUUCCUUAAGAAUGGAGAGGUUUGAUUUUCUUGCAGUCUGUGGGACUCUCAAGAGUCUCUUCCAGCACCAUAAUUCAAAAGCAUCAAUUCUUCAGAGAUCAGACUUCUUUAUGGUCCAGCUCUCCAUAAAAAAUCAGGAAAAUACGAGAUGGUAAUAGGAAGUGGUUAAGAUUCCGCCAGGAGCUUUGGUUGAAUUCAGGAACAUAUGCAGGGAAAGUAUGACAUACACUCUAGAUGUUGCUUGACUACAACUCCCUUGACCAUUGGCUUUGCUGCCUGAGGAAGAUGGGAGUUGGGAGUCCAUCAAUCUCUGGAGGCCUCACUUUGGCUUCGCCUCUGAGUCUCGGUGCUUUAGAGACAAUGGCAGGCCAUUAUAGAAGCAGCCAAUCGCUCAGGACAGUUUACAUUCUGCCUGUAAAAGAGGAUGCAAAUUUGCAUAUGAUACAAAUCAUGUGCACAUUUUAUGCAAAUCAGUGUCCUCUUUGCGAGUAAGUCAGAGGGUCCAAAUUCUGCUGAAAAUUCUGCUACCACCUCCAGUUCCCAGGCUUCAUAUUGGAAAAGUUCUCUACAAGAGAGAACUUCUACACAUAUGCAAAAUAAGCCAUGGCUAUGAUUCGUACUCCACCGGUUAUGUCCUUUACUUACUUACUUACUUAAUGAAAUUUAUAUACAGCUUGAUUGCGAGAAAUCUCAAAACAGUUUACGUAAAACAGUAAAAUCCAGAGAAAAUUACAAGCCUACUUUAAAACAUAUAAAAGUUAAACUACUAAAACAGAUUAAAAGUACCUCAACUUUCUAAGCACCUGGGUACCUUGUCUAAACAGGAAUAAUAAUAAUAGUAAUAAUAAUAAUAAUAAUAAUAAUAAUAAUAAUAAUAAUAAUAAUAUAAUAAUAAUAAUAAUAAUAAUAAUAAUAAUAAUAAUAAUACACUCUGGGCGGCUUCCAACUGAAUAUUAAAAACAAUACAGCAUCAGACAUUAAAAACUUCCCUAAAGCGGGCUGCCUUCAGUUGUCUUUUAAAAGUAAAAUAGUUGUUUAACGCCUUGACAUCUGAUGGGAGGGCGUUCCACAGGGCGGGCGUCACUACUGAGAAGGCCCUCUGCCUGGUUCCCUGUAACCUCACUUCUCGCAAUGAGGGAACUGCCAGAAGGCCCUCGGUGCUGGAUCUCAGUGUCUGGGCUGAACGAUGGGGGUGCAGACGCUCCUUCAGGUAUACAGGACCGAGGCCGUUUAGGGCUUUAAAGGUCAGCACCAACACUUUGAAUUGAAAUGUUCCUAGCAGGUGCCAAAAUUAGUACAUUGAAGGCGCCUGUUUGAUCUCAAUAAGCAGGGAGUUUCAAAGUCUAGGCACUGCCACACUAAACUAUCGAGUUCUUACAAACGCAGAAGCAUCAUGCUUCACUUCCUUGUUACUUGAAGAGAUGCAACAGUAAUGAGAGUUCCUUGGGAUUUGUGGGAUGGGAUGCCAUUUCAUGUUAAUGGGCAAAUUUGCAGCUUUUAAUAUUCUGUAGCCAUCCGGACCUUGGUACCUAAGCACAAAUGAGUUGGCUUUAUGGGAACAAGACAAAGGUUUAAAAAUAUACAGGUGUGGGUGAAAUUAGGCAUCAGGAAUGUGUACAAAAACAAUGAAGUUUGCCUCCCACAUCUUUCCAGAUGUUGAAACAAGAAAACAGUCUAUUAGGCAGUUGUAAUUCUUCUUUAUUUGGUUUGGUGUUUGGAUUAACCUUCGCCUGUUUUUUCUACCUUGGACCUCUAUUGCAACAUUUGUCCAGGGUUCAGAGGUGCUCUCUCCAAGGUGUUAAUUUUAAAUUUUCUUUACAAUGUAAACAUACCCACUGAGCAUUCUUUCAUUAUUAUUAUUUAUUAUUAUUCGGGGAAGGCUCACCCCAAUCACAGUUCUACUCGCUUAAGCCCACAGCCUUAUAGAUCCCGAGCAAAGGAAAUAAAAUAAAAAACACAUUUCAGUCAACAGGGCGUGUUUCAGCCAACAUGGUGGUGCUGCGCGUAAUUGAAUUAGUGGCGGUAGCUGUCAUUCCCCCACAGGGGACUGAUUCAAGGCAGAUGGCAAUAAAAAUGGCAUUAUAUAACACAUCUUAUAUAUGUAUAAAUACACACAAUCACACAUAUAUAACGGAUGGAACUUUACGAAUCCAUGUGGAUUCUGCAGCAAGAAAAAUUAUUACCUGGGAAGUCUCUUCUCAGGGACCCAAUCCAUAGAAAACAUGAAAAAUGCAUUUUAUAUAUUCUUCUUAUGUUAUAUAUUGACAUCCAUUGUUCAUUAGGUUCUGUGUUGUAAGCUGCCCCGUGGUCUUUUGAUGAAGGGUUGUAUCUAAACAUUUAAAGACCAGUCAGUCAAUAGUUAACUAUGAGUAAGUGCUUAUUCAUAUGGUAAAAUGUUAAGCACUUUGGUUUUCAGAACUGAAAUAUACAAGAAACGGCAAUCACUGGUAAAUCUUGGUAUGCAACGAGAUGCUCUCUAGCAAAGGAAUUUUGGUGUGUGACUCCUCAUUUCCCUUUUGAAGGAAGACUCAACUGGCAACAGGGAAAAGGGACUGUCUGGAUUUUUGAACAAGGGCAAGAAGGGUAUUAUUUCACCUGAGCCACUUGUCAUCGCCAAGGCAGUUACACACAGCUACCUCCAAGUUCUUAAAAAAGAAAUUGUCCUCCACGACCAAAGUUUUGGGUGGUGGCUUCACAUGCCUAGUGGAUUGGCAAGACUGUGGGACUCCAUCAAGAUUUUAUCUCCAUUUUCCUUAGCCACUGCCAUCAAAUACGCUGAGCUCUGUGGUCCCUAGUGGCUUCACUCUGAGUGUCUUUGGCAGGGCUCCUGACUAUGAUGGAGAGUCUUCAUCUUCUGGGCCAAGGUUAGUGUAUAGUAUUUACCUCCAACUUUGCUACAAUAAUUAAUAUUCAUUAACCCAAAAGGUGUUUCCAUAUGUGUCUCUGGCAGCCUAACAAUUACAGAGGUGUAGGUUUUACAAAGAGCUCAAAGUUGACUGGUCAGACUGGGAGAACGAUAAUACAGUCUCCUUUAUUCUAUUAUUUUUGGCAGUGGUGCUUGCUUCAUUUUUCUUUUAGCAUGCAUCUCUCUCCCUCUCAAAAAAAACCCCAACCUAAAGAUUGCUGCCCACUACAAAUAAUGAAAAGUAGCUGAGUACAUUGAGCUGGUGACUCUUCAGUGCUAUACAUCAGUGGCUCCAUAUCUAGCUGUAACCUCAUCUGAGUGUCCCUUCCUGACAGUGACAUAGCAUGAGUUGCCAGCACCUGGGGCAAGACAGGAGAAGCAUGACCCCCAACACCUCCCAGACCAUCACCUAGUUAGCCCUGGGACCAGUUCAGUGGGGAAAACAGAUGGAUACAUGCCUAGCUCUCACCUGGCAGAAUCAGUGCUGCUCCAAUGGAGCCCAGCGGUGGAGGUUUCACAGCCCAGGAGGAGAGGCAUGAGGACAAGUGCUGGGUGCAGACAGAUCACAAGAGGUUCCUGCAUGGCUGUAUGGCGGGUAAAGCUGCAUCUCCAAAGCACCAGCAAGAUGGUUCAGUCUCACCUCUUGCCUGCCUCCUGCCUCUGCCUCUGCCUCCAGCUGGCCUGCCAAGUGGGGUGAAUGUGUGGCCGGCCUGUAGGCAAGGAGUGGCUCAGUGGGAGGGUUUCUCCAGCCUGAACUGGCCUAGCCUCAUGGUAGGAGAAAGCCACCAAGGCCUGGCCUCCAUAUCCAUGCUCUCCCCGCCUCCCCUCCUGCCCCAAGUGGUACAUGAAGUCCUAGAGGACCAAAAUAGAUAUUAUUAUUAUUAUUAUUAUUAUUAUUAUUAUUAUUAUUUUCUGGGCUGUCAGAGUGCAUGUGACCCCACAUUCCAUGGAGGGCUAAAUUGUAGAUACCAGAGAUUGAACGUGAAACCAUCUGCAAGCAAAGCACAUUCUCUACCACUGAACUAUGAUUGGGAAGAAGCUUGUUUUGGGGUCAUUGGACAGUCCCUGGGAAAAAAAUUAUUCUUCUGACUGCAAGUCUAUAUGAGCCACUCUUUAAACUAAAGGUUAAUCUAAGGUUUGUGUGGGUGAGGAAUUCCCUCCUUCUUCCUCUAUAAGCACAAUUUCUCCCAGUGACUCUUUAAGAGUAUGAAUGAGUUGGACGUUCUCUGCAGCUGCCAUGCUUGAUAACAGAACUUUUAAUUAAGAGCUCCCCCGUCAAAAAAAGUUUCUACUGCAGCUUUGGCUGGUUUAGUUUUACCAUCACUCCUCCUGACAUGCUUUUCUUAUGCUAACUUGUUGGUCUUGUGAUGGUGGCAUAGUAAAUAAUACUCCCAGCUGGGCUGAGGAGCCUUCCAAACUGAUCCUAGGUCCUGGUCUCGGUGGUAUUGCUAAUGAUUACACAGCUGCCCACUAGGCUUCUCUAAUAUAGGCUCCUGGGUCCCACUGCUUCAGAAAGUUGCAAUAAAGUUUAUUUUCAUUUGAAACAAAAUAUAUUGGGAUCAUUGUCAGAGCAACCCCAGAGGCUUGCAGAAGGGGCCUACCAUGCAACGGCAGAAUAUUAGAAGCCCUCGGGCUAUUUGUGCUGCCACGGCAGCGGAGGUGUAAUUUACCUAUUCUUCCACUGUGCUUUGGAGGAAAGAAAUCAAGGGGAAGGGUCAAAAGAUCCCUUACAGCAACACUGUGCAGCCACAAAGCAACCAAACUGGAAAGAGUCGGGUUCGCAGCUAAUAUAAAUACAUUGGUACUGUUGCUACAUUGGUUUACAAUAGCGGUGGGUAAAGCCCAGAGUUUGUCAGGUUUUGUCAGGCUGAGCCACCAAGUCAAGGAAGCAAAAGUUCAGGCGUUCUCCAAGUGUAAAAAUGAAGAAGAAGAAAUGAGACGGAUGGGUCACCUGGCAAUGUCCAGCUUUGUUCUCAGGAAGUUCAGAUCAUCAAGGAGAUUGGCGGGAAAUGGAAGAUGGAUCAUUGCAUGACAGUUGCUGCCCGAUUGUUUUGUUCUUGGAUACAUUAGUUCUAUAAGCCGCAGAACCUGAAGCACUGCUUGCUGGGAAAUGUAGUCUAACAGCAGGAAACAGGACAAGGGGACACAUUUGUCCAUUUUCGUUCUCCAGGUUUCUCGUUUUUCCUGUCUAAAUUCAGUGCUUUACAUUUGCACAAUUCACAAUUUAAAAAAAAAUCCUCAUGAAAAUAUAUCAGCGUUUUGGUGCAAAUUUUCUCAUAUACAUACAGUGGUACCUUGGGUUAAGAACUUAAUUCAUUCUGGAGGUCUGUUCUUAACUUGAAACUGUUCUUAACCUGAAGCACCACUUUAGCUAGUGGGGCCUCCUGCUGCCGCUGCACCGCCAAUGCACAAUUUCUGUUCUCAUCCUGAAGCAAAGUUCUUAACCCAAGGUAAUAUUUCUGGGUUAGCGGAGUCUGUAACCUGAACCGUAUGUUACCUGAAGCGUAUGUAACCUGAGGUACCACUGUAUACAGUUAUGACUUAUACACAUUUUUGCAAUCUCCCCUAAUAUAAUGCAUAUUUGAACGUUAAUUUCACCAAUACGUGCAUUUUAUGCACAUUUUAACCCCAGUAUAUACAUUUUUGUACACUUUGCAAACUUUGGAGAAGUGCAAAUUUGAAAGGAUGGCUAUGUUUUGGUUCUUAUAUUGUUUCAAAAAAGUGAGAAUUUGAUAGAUUUAUCUUUAAUUGAGAACUGGACUGAAUGUCUUCCGCACCCCUAGCUGAGACAAAUCCUAAAUCUGUCCGAAGCAGCCACUUGUUUUGGGAUUCAUUCAACUCUGCUGCACACCCCCAGUCAUAGCUGUCAAUGUCUCCCUUUUUUUAAGGGAAAUUCCCUUAUUCCGAAUAGGAUUCCUCGCAAGAAAAGGGAAAAGUUGACAGCUAUGCCCCCAGUUCCUACAUUGCUAUUUGUUAAUGUGCAAUUCUCCACAGCCCUUUCAACUCUUGGUCAGGGUAAAAGCACUUUCCUGUAAGUUGGCUACUUGCUCUGCUGUCGUCAACAUGUUUUUUAUAUGUCAGGUUCGAAACCAGAAGUGAGAGAUUUAUGGAUGGGGCUCGGUGUCCAGCUCUGUUGAAUGUGGAUCCAGAAAAGGGAUAAAUGUUUACCUUUGCCUUUUCCCUUCUGAAUGGCAGGUACUUUUUAUUAGCCUGCCCUCUGCACUUUAAGAGGAAACAAAACUCUGAGAGGUGAAUUCCUUUCAAUUUCAGUUACCUAGUCUAUAAAUAAAUUCUCCAGUAACCAUAGGGAAGGCCAAGUUCCAUACAGUUGACCAAUGCCCUUUCACCUCCUUGUGGCCAAAAGCCACCUGGCUGCCGAUUGGCUACUGACAUGCCGUAGGAAGCAAAUGUCUCACAGGCAAUGGUCCCUUUUAUUUUUAGCCUUCCCACAAACAUUAACUUCAACACACCUCUCGUCCAAUGCCCAUUUUAUCCCGAAAAGGAUACUCUUUCCACAGGUGGCUCCCGAACCUUUGACCUCAAAUGGCUAAUUAGCAGCCGAAUACCACUCGGUUCACACCACCAUAAAAAGAAAAAAUCCCUCCCUUGCAAAACUUUCUUCUUUUCUAGUCCUUGCCCCACAAAUGAACUACGAAAACAUAAACAGAUUUUUUUUUUAAAAAAGUGGAUUCAAGCUGGGAUGUGCAAAAUGUUGUCUGGCCACAUAGAGCAGGAAAUGAACAAUUGUGGGCAUGUACCAUUAUACACCCAGAGAACUGUAUUCCUUUUUCAUAUUAUUGAAAUGCCGGGCAUGUGAUUUUCAACCACUGCAAAAUUCUGAAGCUCCUAACACUUAGCAACUUCUUUGUUUCUUCUCCUUGACUCCUACAAGCAAAUCAUUCCUACGGCAAUUGGAUACUUAGCUACUAAUUAAUUAAAGUUUGAAUUAGAAGUGGUCUCAUCUCAGAAUUCUGAACAAAUGUUUUUGGUUUUUGGAGGAAUCCUAUACACAGGAAGCUGGUGUAAAGCAAGCUGGUGUAAGUGAAACUACUCUAGAGUUAUACCAGAUCCUAACUCUUGGGCAGCAGAGCUUCUGUUGGCUGAGCCAGCCUAAACCUGGAAGAGGGAGAACAAUUAUUUUUUAAUAGUACAUGAGUUUUUACCUCAAGUUGCCAGGUCACAUGAUAUAACAGGACAGACUUAGGUUCCAGUCUAAGUCAUCCCCCUCUGGUCCCACCCCUCAAACACUCCUUUUUCGGGGUUUAGACCAUCUUAAGACCCACUGGGCUCAGCUCAUUUUCCUGGGUCCUGGCUGAACCAGGAUGAAGGAUAUACACUGGUUAUUUCUGGCUGAGCUGAGGAGAAGAGAGUUAAGCUAGCAUUGCCAGACUGUUCUGGGAACCUCACAGCCCAACCGGAGAUCCGCUGGAUCCUAAAAGGCUCGUCCUAGCAGAUCUUGCUAUAGGAUUGCUCCCUCUGUCAUCAUUGCAUCAGCUUUGAUCCCCAUUUCAGUUCUCACAUCACAGACCAUGAGAAUAUGAGUCACCAACCAAGAGUGUAUAGAGACGGUACAGUGGUACCUCUGGUUAAUAACUUAAUUUGUUCCAGAGGUCCGUUCUUAACCUGAAACUGUUCUUAACCUGAAGCACCACUUUAGCUAAUGGGGCCUCCCGCUGCUGCUGCGCCGCUGGAGCACGAUUUCUGUUCUCGUCCUGAAGCAAAGUUCUUAACCUGAAGCAUUAUUUCUGGGUUAGCGGAGUCUGUAACCUGAAGCAUAUGUAACCUGAGAUACCACUGUACCAUGUUUUGAGCCUAUCUCUUAGUCCUCUCCCUCUCCCUCUCUCUCUCUCUCUCUCUCUCUCUCUCUCUCUCUCUCUCUCUCAUAAGAGGCAUCAGUUCUAAAGUGGGGGAAUCACUACCAGAAACAAGGGAAGUCUUUUACAGUCUAUAACAGGGACAGGACUGACCACUACAAAAUGGGAGCAGCUGCAUCGUGUGAGUUGCCAGUGCUUGGGGAGGGCAAGCCACUGGUGCCACCUGUGUGCCCCCCUCCCCCGCUGAAGUGAAGCAGGGCUGCACUGUGCCACCUGCCUGCCUGUGCAAGGGGGAGCCCUGCCAGGUGUGUGGCCCUUGGCAGACGAAUUCCGCCGAUGCCCACAGAGAGGAGUGCCCGGGGUCAUGAUGGGGUCAUCCUUUGCCCCCCUCUGCACCCACUCAACGUGGGCAUGGGCUGCUCCACUGCCUUCACCAGGACAGGAUAGGGAUCCCUGUAGAAGCUGGUGCCUGCGUGCCUUCAGAAUUUUGUGCCCAAGGGCCACAGCCCCUCUGGGGGCCCCUUACACUAUGCCACUGAAUGGGAGUAAUUGAGACUCUUUGCCUGUUGGGUUUGGGUCUCAGCUGAGCAGUUGUUCAACACACAGAAACCCUUCUGGAGAGAAACAGUCCCAGAGUCCCCAAAAGAAAACAACAACAACACAGCCCUCCUUCUCAAAUCGGCUAUUGAAAGAAGCAGCGGCGCAAGCUAUCUUUGCGUGUGUUGAACGAGAAGAAUGGAGAAAGGAGAAGGAUAUAAGCCUGGCUGAUGCACUCGCCAAUAAACACUGGUGCACAUAUGUAUUCUCAGUGAAGACACCUGCUUCAAACAUUAAACUCGUGAGCUGGAUCGCGGUGUCUGUAUAAUUGAAUUAAGCUGUGUGUUUUCUUCAAGUGCCAGAGAAUUACUCCUAUCCAGUGAUCAGGCACCAAUCGAGAGGACACGCUUUGCGAAAGGCACACACUUCACAGUCUAUUUCCUGUUUUGCCGUGAUGUUUUAAUCUCGGUGCGGGAAGACCAGAAAGCAGGAGGAUGGGACAAGGGGCUUGCAAAAUAUAAAAGCAGUCAGUUCUCUGCCUCAAAUUGCCCAGUUCUUGAGGCAGGAUAGGGGCAUAAUCGGUGGGGGCAGCUGCACAUUUUGCUGCUGUUUGGCACCCGCCGAUGGAACGGGAAGCCCACGUCACCGUUAAAACUCAAGUGUGCAUUUAAUGAUUUCAGGGCCUGA